AUGGAAAUACCCCAGUCAGGGACAGAGGAUUGUUUGCUAAAGCUUGGGGACUCAGAAAGAGAGUUGGACUCGAUCCCUGAUCCCCAAUCGAAUGCGGUUUCCCCUCCAAAGCCACCUUACCCAGUCCAUCUUGCAAAAAACUGCCUUCCGCAAGAGGCAGGAUCGAGAUCUCUGCAGGAACAAAGCACCCCGGUGCUCAAAAUCCUUUCCAACUGCAGCACUCAGGACUUUGACUCACCCGAUAUGAGCAUCACUAGAAAGACCUCGGCAGUGGACUUUAUCAGCUACAAGCACAGUCGCGCGGUGGCCCACGAUCCCUCUGCCAACUACUGUCUCCGUCUGUGCUGUCGCAGUUGGCUGGGACUGCUCAAAUUGCUCAUCGCGUUCCGCGCCAUUCUGGCUCGAUUUGUGUUCCUCGCGCUCACUUUAACUCUCAUCGCGAUGGUGGUUAAGGCGAAGAACCGGAAUGUCUAUUGGCUGCUGUGUUUUCUGAUGCUUCCGUUGCUGGGCGACCUGUGCUACUCCAUUGGGAUCAUGAUUUCUCCACGAAAAGGGCAAGACAAGACGGAAAAGUGGUUCAACAAGUGUUUGUUGGCGUACCUCUUUUGCGCAUGCCCGCCAAUUUGGAUAAUCGAACUUCACCAAUUACAGCAGCUGAAUGAAGCCACAGACGCGAUAAUGCACAGUCAGGGAGUGAUCAAACAAGGCGAACAGAUUUUCACAAAAAACCCCUGGAUCGAAGCAGGUUUCAUUUACAAUAAACCCGAUGAAAAUCUUGUAAUAAUGGGUGAAGACGUGGAAAGCUACCUAACUUCAGCUGCCUUGCGUGAAAAAAAUAUCACCGUGGAAUUUACGCCACACCUUCUAACACGCGUGAGACGUUCGGCAGACGAGGCAUCGGUGCGAUUUCCGACGCAAGAGGAGAGUCUCAUUCAGGCAGUGACUCUUCAACAUUACCCACUCAAAAUGCGUGUUCGAAUAAUGGAACAACUACUGCUGCUUUCAGUGAUCGUUGGUCGUUGGCUGCUUCCGCGUUUCGGCAUCAGCCGUGACCAGCUCUCACAACUCCUGCUUAUAAACAUUGGCAACGCCGCCGACAUCCUGGAGCUCUUUGAAGCCUUCAACGAGGAGGCCGUGCGGUCAAACGCCUCGCUCAACAUCUGCAUCCUGUGCCUGUGGCAGGCGUCGCUGUUGCAGUUCUGCUUCAACAAGACGGCGACCUUGGAGUGCAAGAGCCAGGCCCUUCGAUCGAUGUCUCGAAGCAGUACCAUCAAUGAACUCCUUAACAUCACCGCCCAGGUACCUUCGGACAAGCUGGAUGAUGGUCUUCGACGUAGCAUCCGACGCAACACCGACUACGAUGUCAUCACCCAACUACGCAUUCUUGAAGAACAGUCCCAGUCCUCAAAACACGAAGGUUCGUGUUGCGGAUGCCUUCGAGGGAAGCCGUGUGGGCGGCAGGGCAUGUCCGUUUGUGGAAGGAUCUGGUUCGGCACGGAGUUGUGGGCAAUUUUCAUGUCGCUCAUCCUCCAAGAUUUGCCGUUCCUUGCGCUACGUUUAACCCUGGUUAUGCACUUCAACGUUAGGAGCUAUUCCAACAUCUUUUUCACCUGUAAAAACUCCCUUCUCAUUCUGCUCCAGGUAUUUCGCUCGACUGUAAUCCUCGGUGAAUUCCGUCGGCAGUGGAACAAUCCGAACGCCGACAUUCCAAUGAUUCUUGUCUCCUGA